AUGAAGAUAGAAGUCAAGGAUGAUCCUAAUUCACAUCUGUUCAAACUUGACUUACUACUUGAUGUCGAUUCCGAUGAUGUGAUAACUUGUGUUUCGUCGUAUGAUGCAAAUAUCUAUGUGGGAACUUCUUCUGGAAGAGUUCUACAUUAUCAUAGAUUUGAGGAUAUCCCAGGUUAUAUGCUUAUAGGGAAUGUACAGAUACUUGAAGAACCUAUCAAGAAGUUUGUUAUUAUACCUGCGGUAGAGAAGGUGUUGAUUUUAUGUGGUUCAAUUGCAUCCUUUUAUCGAUUACCAGAUCUUUCUCCAACAUCCACCAGAAAACUUAAAGAUAUCAAUGACGUACUGUUGUUAAUGUAUAGUUCAGAACAGAAUAGACCAAGUGAUAAAAUGCUACUUUUCAGUUCCAACAAUAUCAGAAUUGUACAAUUUGAUGAAGAACAGAUAAAAUUACUAAAAAAAAUCAACUACUCAAAUGCAAUCAAGGGUAUAUCUACUACAUCAACCAUGUCCACCAACUUUAGUAACCUUGUGUUGGUAGCAAAUACCAAAAACUAUGAUAUAAUAGAUAUGAGAUUAACACGUAAAAUACCACUAUUUGAUUAUCGAUCCGAUGAUGAUGAUGACAAAAUAGAGCCAAAUUUCAUUCAAUUUGAAGCACGAGAUAGGGGUUCAACUUUUCAAGAGUAUUUAUUAACUAUCAAUUCCGGCGAUAACACUUCACUUGCGAUGUUCAUUAAUUCGUUGGGAGAUGUUACAAGAGGAACUCUUACUUGGUCUGGCUACCCAGUCGGAGGGAUUGCUGUUGAAUGGCCAUAUGUUAUGAGUAUAUUUCCAAAUAAUGAAUUGCAAGUCAGUUCUUUAAUAACGUUAGAUACGAAAGCAACAUUGGAUCUCACACAACUACAUAGCACCUCAUCAACGUUCAAAAUAGAUAAAACUUCCACUAUCUCAGUCGAAUGUUCAACAUUAACAUCAAUACUAAGAACCUGCUCUUUUAAGGAAAAUAGCAUUGGUCCAGGUGACGUUAUUAAUGAUCUUGGAAAUUUGGUAAUAUUCAGUGGAUCCAAGCUUUGGUUAAUGUUUCCCGAAAAUGAUAUACUACAGACAUAUGAUUCAUGGCUUGAACUCCUUGAUGAAGGGAAUUUAGAUUCCAUUGUUGAAACUAUACGGAAGAAAAUAGACAAGUCAACGGGCAGAAUCAAAUCAUUUAUGAUUCAUAUGUUGGUUCUAUGCUUAUUUCAACUAGAAAAAUUUAAUGAGGCUAAAAAAUAUUUAUUCCUGACAUCAGAAAUGAAGCCUAUUAUUGAUCCAUGUCUAGUCGUAUAUCUUUUUGGUUAUAGUUACGAUGAUCUUGACUUUAAGUUAUUUUCAGGUAUAAAAGAUAAUAUUAACAGGUUUAAAAUUAUUAAGAAUGACAAGUUUCUUUUAACAUACAUUAAAGGUGCAUAUCCAGUUUUAUCGAAUAGUCAGAUCUUACGUCGUACCUUCGUGAAACUCCUUAACUCAGAUGAUGAAGUAAUUGAUUUCUUUGAAGGUAAGGAUAUAAACAAUUGGUCAUCUUUAAAUAAGGCAAAUCAAGAAAUUAUUGAUAUCUUAGAAGAGAAGAAAUUCAAUGAUGCAACUAUUCAUAUCUAUCGAAAAUUAUUGGAGGUCAAGCCUGAUGAAGAUUUAGCGGUUAAGGUUUGUAACUUGAUUCUCAAUGUAAUGUCAGGACAGGAAAAUAGUUUUCACUUAGUUGACAUCAUCUUAGAGAACUUACCUAUUAUUAGUUCUGAAAAUAAUUAUUCAUCACUUUUAUUUGAAGUUCUAAAGGUUGAUAAAGAUAAAGGAAUCAACUAUAUGAAAUCCAAUAAUAAAUCCAAGUUCAAGGCAAUUCACAACGAAAUAAUGAGUGAUAUUUCAUCCAAAUAUGGUGAUGCUCUUGACUUCUCAUUACUUAGAAUUGAGUUCUUGGAAGCAUCGCUAAGUCUGGAGAAUUUGGAUGAACUUUUAAACGAAGUAUUGAGGUUGCUAUUAUCCCCUUUGAUUCUUAAUGAAAAUAAUAUAAACAAUUUCGAAAUUUUAAUCGAAACGUAUAGAAUUCUCAAUUCACUUCAAGAUCCUAAAUGGCCAAAGAUAUCUUGGCUCGAUUAUUUACAUAUCAGAAUUAAUUCUAGUGGAUGCAAUGAUCUCAUAAUUCUAUACUUGAAGUUUUUCGAACUCUUGCUUAUAAAGACAAAUUUAGGUAAAGAUAUCACUGAAUUUCUAAAAGACGAAUUAUUGGAAGGAAAAACAUUUCUGUAUUUCAAUGUUCUAAAGCCUGAUGUCGAUGUGAUCAACCACUUAUUAAGUCAUUCAGAUUUCUCCGCUGCCGAAGUCUUUGCAAUAAAUGGCCGCUUACCAUAUCCCAAGAUUAAGUCUUACCCUAAGUUAACAGAAGAGCUGAAGAUAAAUAAAAGCACAAGUUCUAUUAAGUUGAAUUUAAUCACAAUAUUCGAUUAUUAUUUGAAGGAGAACACCACAGAUAGUGCAAAUGAGUUUUCGGUUGCCCACUUUAUUUCAAAUUAUGGAUCAACUUAUUUCACACCUAAUGAGAUAGUUUCAAAAUUACCUAGUGAUAUACCACUUGUUCAUCUAUUAGAUUAUUUUAGUUCUGUUAUUAUUGAAUUUAAUCUUGAGUCAAGAAAGAAGAUUCUACAGAAAUCUUUAACAAAAGCGGAUUCCGAGUUUACAAGGCAAAUUUAUAGACAGUUCCUUGAAGAAGGAACAAAUUAA